AAGAUGGCGGACAAAGUGGCUAAAAAUGCGAAGAGAAAAAAGAAAAGAAAGCCGAAAGAUUCUCAUGGUUUUUCACUAGAAGAUGUUCUUGCCGUCGGUGGAGACAAGGACGACUUUGAGAUGUUGAAAGAUGUUGAUAUUUCAGAUGACUUUUAUGCUGACGAGGAGACGUCAGGGAUUGUGGAAGAAAAAGAGAUAAUGUCACUCAUCAGGGAGCUGGGCUUGGACAAAGUCACCUUCAAAGGCGAAAAACUUGAUAGUGAACUUGAUAUUCUUCAAGACGAAACUGCAGAUACUGGCUUAAAAUCUGGAGAAAGUCUCCAGAAGGAUGUAGAAGGAAAAGAUGCAAAGAAAGAGAAGAAAAAUAAAAGGAAGGAAUCAGAAGUCACAAAUUUAUCCAAAUCUACAGGAUCAACUGUGACAGCACAGGUCCCCCAAGUUUUGCCCGAAAGGAAGGGAGGUCCAAGGCAGAAACUUCUCAUUCAAUCUGGUGGCCUGUGGUAUGAUUUGGUUGUUGAAGAUAAUACCUCUUCCCCCUCUGGUAGUGCAGAUGAUGUUAUGCGCCUUUCUAAGGAAGCAGCUGACCUUUUUGAACAGGAGGUUGGCAUCUAUGAUAAAAUGAAAGCAAAAGAGAAGUCAUCAGAUUCCCAAUGGUUAAAAUCUGUAGUAAGCUCUGGAACAUUGAAUGACAAAGUUGCUGCACUUACUGUUCAAGUCCAGGAAUCUGCUGUACAUUGCCUAAAAACUCUAGAUAUAUUAAUUGGCAUGGCUAAAAAGAAGGGCAGAAGAGAGAGUAUUAUAGCUGUAGACAUGUUGAAAGAACUUUGGAUGACCCUUUUGUUGCCAAAUAAUCGCAAGCUUAGGAAAUUUUCUCAGCAUCCACUGUUGUCAUUAGUUGAGAUUGUCCACAAGGGUGGCGGCUGGGAUGAACGGGAUAAACGUCUCAUUCUGUGGUACUUUGAAGAGCAGCUGAAACAGAGAUAUCAAGAGUUUGUUGAAGUUGUGCAGAAACUUCUUCAGGACACUUUGGUAAACAUCAGAAGCAAGAUGCUAGGAGCUGUGUUUGACUUGUUAUCAGAGAAACCAGAACAGGAACAAGUUUUGUUAAGUCUACUGAUAAACAAGAUAGGAGAUCCUGACAGGAAAAUAGCAUCAAAAGCAGUUUAUCUUUCAAGAACAUUAGUAACUAAACAUCCAAAUAUGAAAUUAGUGGUCACCAAGGAGAUUGAAAAACUUCUCUACCGACCCAACAUUGCCAUCAAAGCUCAAUAUUUUGCUGUGUGUUUUCUCAAUCAGUUAAUUCUUACCAAACAAGAUAGCGAACUUGCUACCAGACUUAUUUCCAUAUAUUUUUCAUUCUUUCGGGCAUUUCUAACAAAGGGAGAAUUGGAAGCAAAAAUGUUGAGUGCUCUUCUUACUGGGGUCAACAGAGCGUUCCCUUAUGCAAAAGAGGAGGACGAUCAGUACAAUGAACAGAUCAACACUCUUUUCCGUACAGUGCAUAUUGGAACAUUUAACACGAGUGUACAGGCCCUGAUGUUACUCUACCAAGUUAUGGAAUCAAGACAGUCCGUGUCAGAUCGAUUUUAUUCGGCUCUUUAUGCUAAACUCCUCGAUCCAAAUCUAAAAACAUCUUCUAAACAGGCUGUGUUCCUGAACAUUUUAUACAAGUCUGUUAAAAGUGACCCAUCAUUGCAUCGUGUUAAGGCGUUUGUAAAACGUAUCAUACAAGUUUGUAGUUUCCAACAGCCAUCAUUCGUGUGUGGAGCGCUUUUCAUGAUUUCUGAGCUAACAAAACUCAAACCAGGAAUCAAGAGCCUGACACAGCAACCAGAGGAGGAAGACGAUGAAGAACAUUUUGUGGACGUUCCGUCGGAAGAUGAUGAGGACGAAAUUUCAACCGAGGAGCCUUCAUCAGCUGGAGAAGAGCCACAAAUAAGCCAUGUUGACGCAGCAAAGGCCUCGAGGAUUGAAACCCAUGUGAGCGGGCCUCAGAAAAGUCAGACCUAUAAGCCCUCCCAGAGAAAUCCGCUGUACAGCGGGGCCGAAAACUCGUGUCUGUGGGAACUUAAUAGGCUUUCCAGACAUUAUCAUCCUUCAGUUUCUCAUUUUGCUCAUACACUUAUGAAGGGAGACAAUAUCGAGUACAAAGGAGAUCCUUUGCAAGAUUUUACACUGAUGAGGUUUCUUGACAGAUUUGUUUACAAAAACCCAAAGCAGAAAGAAAGAGAUCACGGUGGUUCACUGAUGCAGCCGAAAACGUCAUCAAGCCGGCUGGCCGAGGAGCCUGUGAAUACGAAAGCGUUUCUUGCUAAAAAAGAAGAGGAUAUUCGAGAAGAUGAACUGUUCUUUCAUAGGUAUUUCAAGCGGAAGGCAGAAAAAGAAAGUCAACGAAAGAAGAAAGCCGGUGAAUCUGAUGAUGAAAUAUCUGAAAAGGAAACAAAUUUCGACAAUGUUCCAGAAGAGCGGUCUAGUUUCGAGUAUGACUUCGCGAGUGAUUUGAAGAGUUCUAAAACAUCUACGGCAAGUAGAAACAAACAAAUCGCUAGUGACGAAGAGGACGAAGGAGAUGACGAAAAAAGCGAGGAAGGUGAAAGUGAAGACGAAGAACUAGAGGAAAAAGAAUUUGAUUAUGACGGUAUGGAUUUUUCAUCUUCUGAAGAUGAGCAAGCAGAGGAACCAGCUACUUCACAAGGCAAGAAAAGAAAAUUUACGGAAAAGGAUUACGAAAAGGCUUUGCUCGAAAACUUAAGCUCAGAUGAAUUUUCCGAAGACGAGGGAAGCCAGAUCACGAAAAAGAAGUCCAAAAAAGGGAACACAACAGGGGGAGAUGUUUCUUCAAUGUUUGCGUCUGCUGAAGAGUUCGCUCAUCUGCUUGAAAAUUCCAAAGCGUCAAGAGGCGGUAGCUAUGAUGUCAAACGACGAGGAGCCAGCGACAAGCAACUGAAAUGGGAAGAGAAUAAGACGGCAAAUAACUGCAUUAAAACCACAGGAAAUCGGGGUCGUGGGGAAGGCGGAAGAAAAGGUCCGAGAAGAAAAUCCAAUUUUAAUCCUAGGACAAAGUUUAGAUCCAAAGGAAGAGGUGCGAAAAGGUCAAGAUAGUACAAUCUGCCCAAUGAUUCCUUGAUUUGUUAGGGUAGAAAUGCAUCCGAUAUCAAGGCAUGAUAUGUAAGUGCCACAAAGAAGAGUUUAGUAUUGUUAUCGAUCAGGCACGUGGAUUUCAAAAGGUAGAGCCUCUCAAAACUACCCAUUAACCAAAAAGUGGAUACUACUGUAAAUGAGUGUAAAUGACGAGGUUCUGUGUGAAGAUUUGACCUGCGAUUCUUAACUGAUUUCCACAACAGUUAUUUAUAAUCGCACACGCCUCUGUGAACGCCCUUUGAAUUAAGAAAUGUGAAAUCUCAUUUUUCCAGUAAUGGGCUUUCUUGAUAAAUACAGAAAAUACAUUUCAAGUUG